AGACCGGUUUUUUAUUUGGCCUUCUAGUUUAGUGGUGUGGCUAAUCGACUGCCAACUGCCAUCUUUUCGUAACUCCGGCCAGUUAGCGCGAUUUUUAAUUUCUCGCAUAACGGCAAUGGAUAUGCUGUUUGCUGUGUGUUAAGAGAGCACAUCGGGCUAUUGCAACGGCAGUACUUUGAUUUACAUGUCAGGAACGGUGCAUCAGAGGGCCCAGCAUCAGCUGUGAACACACGCAAGCUCAGCCUGAAUAUGGAGGGAGGACAGCGAAAACUGCAAAAUGUUAUGGAGGAUGGAUUAAGCAAAGAUCUGAUAAAUGCAGGUCGGUUUUGCUUCAACUGUGAGCAAAUAUUUUCAGAUCGGAAAUGCCUGGAGGAACAUUUGUGUACUGCUGCACAUUACAUCUGCUCAUGUGGAACUGAGUUUAACCUGUACGACGACAUGCAUGAGCACAGCACGACACAUGAACCAGGGCACCAAGUGCUCGAUCAUGAAACAAUAAGAAAACGCAGGGUUGAGAAGCGUAUAGAAGAAGAGAGGCAAAUGAAGAGAUUACAGACAGGCGAGGUUGUCUGGAAGACACCUAAAGCAAACACCAUGUCACCAUCUUUGCUAGGGAAGCCUAUGGUGCAAGUAUCCAUGUCAUCAGCUCCGAUGGUAAAAGUUCCAAAGCAGUCUGCACAGGUUUCACAAGUGCCUGACAUUUACCCUUCUAUGUUACAUGCAUCAUUCCCCCAAAAUCCUGUCACCCCUAAAUUGGAGGUGAAGAAUAUUUUUACAGGUGUAGGUGCACCUACUGUGGAUCUAUGGACAAUUUACCAGCCAGUUGUGUUGUUACAAACAGUGCGCCAGUUUGAUAAGAACAAACCAUACACUUGUGGAAAAUGUGGCGAAUGUUUUUUUUCAAAGACCUCACUAAUCACCCACCACGGCAAUCAUGUCAUAGAUAAAGUGUCUGGCUGUGUAGGAUGUGGGCUGCUGCUCUCCAGUAAGAAGGUAGUACCCCGCUUUCAUCUUUGUAACGCACCCAUCUCUAACAACAACAAAUUCAAAGUUAUUACUGCAAAACCACCAAAUGCCAAGACCGUAAAUGAGUCCAGUACAGAUGUGAGGCAGAAUCAGAGUUUUCAAGUUCCUCCAGCCACUCCACCCAUCCAGUGGAACAGACUUGAAUCCAUUGUUCCUGGAAAAGGCCAUCAGACAUCUUCUGUUUCCAACCUGAAGUUAAAAAAUCAGAAUGUCAGAAUGUACAAUAGGGGAAAUCAGGGGCGUCAGGUCACUUCAUCACAGCAGUCGAAGGGUUGGAAUCCCCAUGCAUUCAAGCCUUACAACAGUGUCUCCCUUCCAGCAAAGUUUCAGAGCCUUAAUGCUGGCACAUCAACAAAUGCAUAUAAAUGUCGAGUCUGUCAUCUUCCAUUUGAGUCUGCUCCUCUGCUUCAGAGGCACAAGUGUGCCAAAGCACGGGAGUUUAUGGCACAGCAAGGUCGUGGUGGAAGACAGCAUCAAAAUCUCAAGAGGAUGAUGCCAUUGGCAAGAUCAGUUCCUGUUCAGAUGAAUGGUGAGAAGAAACUGGAGGUCCCAUUUGCUGGUAACAUGAAGAAAAACCAAGUAGUGGCUGUUGGCCUGGACAGAGGACAAGAUGCUGUCCCUGUGAAUAGGACAAAUGUAGACAGUAUGGACGAUGAUUGUUACAUUGUUGAAAGCGACUCAGGCAAGCCGGCUGAAAUGAUUUAUCAAGUAACCUCAUCUGUUCCCAUCAAAACUUGACAUGACUAGAGCGUGACAUCCGUGUUGCAUGUAAUAUUUUAUGUUGAAAAUGGACCAAGUACAGAAAAGACUGCAUUUUCAGUUUUACAUUAUUCACUGGUUUAGGGUCAACUCACAGGAACACAAUAUUCCAAACUCCAUUGAAGAAUUUUGAUGUAUGAUAUAUAGUGACAACAAUCUAAGUUUCAAUUUCUCUCCUCAGUACAGUAAGCGGUUCUGUAUGUUCUAUACUUAGAGACAAGAGUCUAAAAUUGCUAUCCCUGCUGUGGUAAUCAAAUGUACAGUUUUGGGGUAAAAAGAUAAAUUUAAGUUUUGCUUUUAAAAUACAGUAUGUUGUAGUAUAUAAUCAGCAAUUGUGUUGUGAGGCUGGGAACUGACAAUAAUACCUUGUGUGUCCUUCCCAAUUUUGCUAAACUACAAGAAUAAAAUGUAUGUUGUAUUAAACUGUAUUUUUAAACUCUC